UCAAGACGUGAAAUAUUACACGUUAAAGAGCAUUAGAAACUUGUAAUGACUUUUAUAAAGUUGUUGCUGAGCUUAAUUGUCUUUCUCCCAUUGUGUAUGAGUCAAAAGGCAGAAACUUGGGAUUCGUGUCAAUGUAAAUGGGCAGAUUGGGCGGCUUGGUCUAAAUGCAACAAGAAGUGCUAUGGACAUCAGAUUCGCUACAGGCCUGUGUGGAAGCGGAACGAACCGGAGUGUACGGGUUACUCGGCUUGCGAUGCUGGAGAAAACUCACGAGCAACCAGACGGUGCAACGAAAACUGCACAUUCGGACAGUGGAACGACAAGCGGAAGAAAUGCGAUUGCCCGAAAGGGAAGUUUGGCGUUUGCUGUGAUGAAGAUGUGAAAUGCGGAACACCAACAUUCGAGAACGGGAACGUGAGCGGCUCGGACUACAAGUACGGCGACGGCAUCAGCUUCACCUGCAACAACAACUACAAACUCGUGGGGAAGACUCAGCUGACGUGUGGACUCUCCGGCUGGGAGGGCGUCGUGCCCAGAUGUGUCUCUACAGGACCGUGCAAAAAUAACCCCUGCCCAAAGGGCCAGACUUGUGUGGAGGAUGACCUGGGGUAUCAUUGUCAGUGUCCAGAAGGAUUGUCGGGAAUCAAUUGCCAGAUAGACAAUUCACCCCCUGAAGUUGUGAACUGUUCCUCUGACGUCACUCUCAACAUCACUUCUCGGAAGAAGUUUUACACCUGGGUCGUGCCCACCUUCACAGACCCCCAGGGGACGCAGGUUGACGUCACCUCCAACUACCCCGGCAACAAGUUUGACUUCCCGUGGGGUGACUUCGGUGUGCAGUACGUGGGAACAAAGAGGGUCAACGGACUCAAGGCCAAAUGCGAGUUCAAUGUCACGGUCAGACCAAUGAGCUGCCCAGGGUUGUCUCCCCCUCAAAACGGCUACCUCAUGUGCAACAGUUGGCGCAAGGAGUUUGGUCGGUUCUGUCUGGUGGGCUGCAACAGAGGCUUCACCCUACCGGACAGUUUUGACGGGCGGGAGUGGAUCGUGUGUGGCAGCAGUGGACACUGGACCCCCGGCCAACUGCCCCACAUGUGCGAGGAGGAGAUGACCAGUCGCCCAAAUCCCGACGUUCUCCCUGCUGUCGCCGAUUGUCAGGACCAAACCGACAUGGCUGCCGCCAAGAAAGUGUAUAUCACCAAAUUCAAGGCAUCUGCAUUCAAGUCUUUCUGUUCCAAAUCCCCGAAGACAUGCAAUGAGUUCCACGUCGCCGCUACGUGUUAGAUGUCCUUGGCUACCGAGGACUUAUCUGUAGAUCAGCUGCUCACAGAGACGGAGAACGUCCAUGCAGUAUAUGAAGCAUUAGCUAUCCUUGCACAAUAUAGAGAAACCUCGUUAGUCCGGACACCGUUAAUCCGGAACACCGCAGUCUGGACAACUAUUGUUGGGUUGGUUGUUUGGUUGUUGAUUAACGCCGCAUUCAGCAAUAUUCCAGCUAUGUAACGGCGUUCAGUAAAUAAUCGACUACCUGGACCAGACAAUACAGAGAUUGAUACCAUGAGCAUCGAUCCACGCAAUUUGGAUACAAUGACAUGUAUCAACCAAAUCAGCGAGACUGACCACCCGAUUCCGUUAGUUGACUCUUGAGACAACCAUAGGGCCUAUUGUAACCCAGAUCUACACGGGUCGAUUAUUGUUGGGAACGUCUGUAUAUGCUUCUGGGGGCUUUACUGUUAAGGUUCAUUGAUCCCAAAUUUUCGUAAUCCGGAAGAUUUUCAUUCGAACGGUACAGUCAGGAUUAGCGGGGUUUCACUGUAUAGAUGAAGAUAAUAUAUAGUGCAUGAGAGAGCUGCAGGAUUUGAAGUAUAAAUAUAUAUUGGUUAUGAUACAAAUGUUAUAUAAUUUUAGAAGUUACUUCAAAAGUAAACAUGACACAAAUGCAAAAAUACCUUCUUCAGAAGUAAAUAUAUUUCAAAUGCAGAAUAGCUUCAGGAUUUCUUUCAGAAGGAAAUAUGUUCCAAAUUCAAAAUAAUUCUAGGACAUUCUUCAGAAGGAACUACAUUUCAAAUGCAGAAUAGUUCCAAGAUUUCUCUCAGAAGGAAAUAUGCUCCAAAUUCAAUAUAAAUCUAGGACAUUCUUCAGAAGGUAAUUUGUCUCAAAUUCAAUAUAAUUCUAGGACUUUCUUCAGAAGGUAAUUUGUUUCAAAUUAAAUAUUAUUCUAUGACAUUUUUUCUGCAGGAAAUAUAUUUCAAAUGCAGAAUAGUUCCAGGAUUUCCUUCAGAAGGAAAUAUGUUCCAAAUUCAAAAUAAAGCAAGGACAUUCUUCAGAAGGAAAUUUGUUUCACAUGCAGAAUAGUUCCAAGAUUUCCCUCAGAAGGAAAUGUGUCCCAAAUUCAAAACAAUCUUGAACACUCUUCAGAAGGUAUUAUGUUCCAAAUGCUAUAUUAUCUACUUAAGACGUAUGCAUGUUCCAAAUGCAAUAUAGUACAGGAUUUUCUUCAGAAAUUAAUGUCUUAUAAAUGUAACACAACUCCAGAUGUUUCUUCAGAAGUAAAAAUAUACUCACCCCCAAAAAAUGAUUUAAAAAGGCAGUCAUCAAAAGAAAUUUGUAUUAAUAUAUUUCAUUUGUCUCCGUUAAAUCGGUUCGAAUGCUUAUGAAAUAAAAAGAAAUACAAUAAAUAAGUGACACGCGGAAUAACGUUUCAAUUGUAUUGCCCGGUGCUGCAGGGGUUUGGUAUAAUGAGGGUGGCAGUUCAGAAGUAUUUUUACUGCAAGAGAGGACUGAGCGAGUGACAUAAUGAUUGUACGCCGAUUUCAGCAAUGUUCCGGCAAUAACAAAGCGGGAUACACCAGUUAUAGGCUUUACAGAUUGUACCAGGUAGACGGUACAUAUAGACGUACUGGUUGCGCUAAGUGAGGAAUCGAAAAUGGGCCUUCGGCGUGACAGGUGAACGCUUUAACCGGUAGGCUACCCUACCGCCCUUCCUGUACAAGAACAUCAAUGAAUGCAAACUGGUGAGAGCUAUGACCCGAUGCAUGACCCAGUCGUAUGACCCAUGGCAGAUGAGUACGGAAGCGUAGUGGGGCCAAGGUGAAAUGUCUUUUUGUCUAAGUAUCUCCUACGUAGGACUUAUUACCUCCUACUUAUGGCUUAGUAUCUCCUACGUAGGACUUAGUUUCUCUUACGUAGGAAUAAGUAUCUCCUACAUAGGACUUCCUAUCUCCUACGUAGGAGAUAUUAAGUCCCACGUAGGAGGUACUAAGUCAUGCGUAGUAGAUAUUAAGUCCUACGUAGGAGAUAGUAAUUCUAGGCCACACUAAGUCCAACGUUGGAGAUAUUAAGUCCUACGUAGGAGAUAGUAAGUCCAACGUUUGAGAUAUUAAGUCUUACGUAGGAGAUACUAAGUCCUACGUAGGAGAUAGUAAGUCCUACGUAGGAGAUAGUAAUUCUAUGCCAUACUAAGUCCUACGUAAGAGAUAGUAAGUCAUGCGUAGUAGAUACUAAGUCCAACGUUGGAGAUAUUAAGUCCUACGUAAAGGAUAGUGAGUCCUACGUAGGAGAUACUAAGUCCUACGUAGGAGAUACUAAGUCCUACGUAGGAGAUAUUAAGUCCUUCGUAGGAGAUACUAAGUCCUACGUAGGAGAUAGUAAUUCUAGGCCAUACCAAGUCCUACGUUCGAGAUAUUAAGUCUUGCGUAGGAGAUACUAGGUAGGUGAUGGCAUAAAUUAACAAAAUAUUAACAAUGUAAUGAAAACAGAAGUGUAGACACAAUGAAAUGUAUGCCGACAAUAUUAAGGACUUUGUGAGGAGAUUAAAAGGAAAUA